UAGAGCAGGAUCCAUGGAAUUAUAGCCGACCAGUGCAGCCGCCGUCGCCAACGUACUUGAAGCGCCAUAUCCCCCGGGACCUUCGCAGUGGUCCUGAUCAUAUACAAAUGUUGAAUGUGGGUUUUGUAAACAAAGUGACGAUUGCACUUGAGAUGAUUGACUCAUAUAAUAACAUACAGACUGAUGUGCAUCUUAUGGUUCCAUAUUUUGAAAUCGCCGGACAUAUUAUCUUUGAGUUUGUGGGGAAGAGGGACCUGUCUCUACUCGCGACGAUCAAAUCGACCAAGUGCGAUCUAUGGAAGGGAGACUCAAUGUUCACGAUGGAGCGAUGGGAGUUUUGGAAAGAUCGACUGCGAUGGGUAAGUGAGCAGGAUGAGCUGCUGGAAAGGACACGAGAUGAUGCCCGGAACCUGAUACAACUGAUGCAGGGUAUUGAACAACAGAAACUGGAAAAAGAACUCGGCGGACAAGUUUUAGCUUAAACACAUCUUAGAAGUCUACGUAUACCUAUAUACCGCCUUGACCA